AACGCGGCCGAUGUUUCUUCCGCAUCAGUAGAGCGGGCACUGUAACUUCAGCCUUGCUCCUCUUAAGAACUCUUAGAGAUGUUACCGGCAGGGCACGAUUAGCUGAUUUUGGUAUAAGUCGACAAAUGACCACGGGACAAACGACUGUAAAAACAAGAAGUGCUGGAACAAAAUGCUGGAUGGCCAGGGAAACUUUCGAUGAAGAUGGCGAUAUCAGAUAUAAGCGGAGCACUGAUAUUCAGGUGGUUGGAAUGUUGACAUAUUACAUCCUGUCUGGUGGACACCACCCCUUUGGCAGAGGUCCUCGAUGUGAGAGCAACAUUCUGGAUGGGAAGUACAAUCUGGAUCACGUUGUAGAUGAGGUUACAAAUGACCUCAUUGAGUGGAUGAUCAACAAAGACCCAAAAAAGAGACCUACUGUGGAGGAGACCUUGGAUCACCCCUACUUCUGGGAUGAGAAGAGGAAAGUUGAGUACUUGAGAAGAAUUGGGAAUGAGAAGGAGGUCGGGAAGUAUAGUGAUGCUGACCCAGAACUUCUAGAAGCUGUGACACAAAGUGCCAUGGAGAGAACCUUCUGCCAGUGGAAAUCCAAGCUGCCGCCUGAUUUGAUGGAGAAGAUGGAUGGCAGAAAGCCCUACCCUGAGAACAUGUUGGGGUUACUACGCUUCAUACGCAACCUCCAUGAGCACUAUGCUGAGGAUUUAGAAUCUGUUGACCUGAUGAAAAUGUUCCCUGAUCUCUUUGGAUGUGUCUACAUGUUGGCCAAGAAACAGAGCUGGAAUUCAAGGCCUGGUCUGAAAAAAAUGUGUCCGAGAGAUUUAAGCUCAUGAUUCUGAAAUGUAAACUGUAUGUCAUUUUAAACUGAUGAAAUAUGAACUAAUGUCAUACUCAAGACACUUUGUAAGUAGAGCCAGUGAUCUGUGUUAAGGACAUUUUAUAUUCUACAUUUUCACUGAUAGACCUAAUAUACAUGUGAUUUUUACAAACCAAGAAUACGUGGUUGUAGCAUACCUAUUAUGAGGGAUUUGAAUGUAAAAUAUAACCUUGUGAAUUCUAAGGCUUUUUGUUUACUUGUUUCAGUUUACUUUUUACACAAAGCAUUGAUAUGAUAGCAAUGACUUGUCAACUUUAUUGUUCAUGCAGUCGUUUUUUUUUUAAAGGAAUCUAGUAGGUUUUGUCCAGUGUUGUCCACUUUUGUUUUCCAUUUUAACACAGCUGGUAGACAAGAGAAAAUAUGCCUCUAACUCUAACAACUCAAACAUUCAUGGUUGUUUUAUUUGGAGGUUUACGGGAUUUGUAAUAAUAUGAAUGAUCUGGAUGAGAUUUUCUAGAGAUGUCUGGAUCAAAAUGUUUACAUACUAUCGUUUCUUUAUUUUUUACAUCUGUGUAUUGCUUGGUGUGAACAUGAAGCCUACCAAGUGUGCAUUGAAACAACUGUAUUAUUCUCUAUUCAGUGAUUCAAUCAAGGAGCUCUGACGCCCUUUUGUGGAUAGAACUGAGAAUCAUCCGUUUUCUAUGAAUUGAACACCAAAAGAAUCCAGCAAGUCUCAAUAUAAUAAAA